GUCUGGUCUUGCUUCGGAGACUCCCUUCAGGCGAUUAUUUUACUGAGAAACACAUUCAACACUAGAUCAUUGAAUUUUAUAUUUCCCUGUUCAUUUUAAUAUUUUCUUGGAAUGUUUGUCUUGCUUGAGAAGGAAAAUGGAAGCAACUUACCCCACUUUUAACCUAUAUAAAAGGUACAUCCAGCAAACCAAGAUUCAAAUCACUUUUGGAACGUUCAUCUGAUCUCAACUGCUCAUUCCAGCUUCAGCUCCUCAAGUUAUUCGAGAUGGCCAGUUUCAGAGUUACUUGUUUGACAAUCCUCAUUGCAUCUCUCGUAAUCAUGAGUGUAUCUGCACAUCACCCUCCUGGCUCCCCGUGCUGGGAAAAGGCUGAGAGAGGAAGCUGUAAUGGCAAGGUGACCCGCUACUUCCACAACCAUGAUGAUGACAAGUGUGAGCCGUUCGUCUACAGCGGCUGCGGUGGAAAUGGAAACAACUUCAACUCAUACCAAGAUUGCCAGAAGGCAUGUGCUCAUGCUCACUAACCAUCAAUUCCUAGUCAUCAAUCAAAAAUAUUAAUUAAAAUUUUAUUCUAAUAAACUAUAUUGUAUA